UUGUUUCUCGGAAGUAUUAAAAUUAUUGGAGAGCAGUUUACCUGGGGGUUGUCUUUAAAAUUUUGUAAAUAACGGAGUUUCCCUUGUAGGAAUGGAUGGGGAUGACUUCCGCAUACAAGUGCUUGGAUGCUGCAGGGUGUUGGCAAAUGCCUACUAUUUUGAAGAUGCAUUUGACCGCUAAACGAUGGGGUUGAUGUUUUAUUGUGUUAACUUACUGUGGAAGCUACUUGACCAAUUUCAGUGGACCAGGUCCUUUAAGCUUGAGUACUAUUGUAAAUAAAUGCUACAAAUCUUUGCUGUUUCUAUUUUUGUUUUUCUCCUAAAAUGAGCGGCUUUGCAACAGAAACGUAUAGGAAAGAUGAAUUCAGAAUGGACUUGCAAAAGCUCUGGGCUGCAGUACUGGAUUUCAUUGGGUCUGCAUGAAGGAGAUUGUGGCCAAGAUCCAUUUGUAGUAUCCCCAUUGAACAGAUGAACAAUACUUCAUUUAUCGCUGUUUAACAUGAAUCACUUCAAGCAAGUUGGUCUACCAUUACCUUCCACUGUACUAUAUGCAACAAGACUAGUAUGUUUAGACUGCAUGCCAUGCAACAUUUAAAUUUUAUUUUUUUUCAGGGAAAAGAGGCUAGGCAAAGCCCUUUUUUUCCUGUGUAUAGGUUUGUAUGACCUGAUAUCAGAGGUCAAAGGCUAUAUCUGUGUAGAAAAUUGAUAUGGUAUACUUUUGGAAAUGCAUUGCAUUAAUUUAAAAUUUGAUAUCUUAUUAUAUUGGUGCAAUAUGUUCCGACUUUGUUUUUACAACAACAUUUGGAGCCAGAAAAACUCUGUUCCCUAUCGGUACUAAGCUACAGUGUAAUGUAUUGUUAAUUGUAUCAAGGGUGUAUGUUCACUCUAGACGCUCAGGAUUGUUGAAAAAUAUAAUGGAAGCACUGGAAGUUGAUGAUAUUAGUCCUGCUGUGGAGGCCACUGAGGAUUUUUUCACCACUUUUGACGAUAAACUGACACAUGGUGAAGUAUUCCAGCAGAAUGUGUGUGGGAUACAAGAAGCCCAGGCCGUAACCAGCUGUGACGUUCUGAAUAACAAGGGGAAGAGGAGUGCUCAGGGACAGUUGAGCAAUGUUGCAUUUAUUGGCACAAGUAACAAAGUGUGGGAGCUUUGUGGAAAUGAUGCCAUAGAAUCUAAAGUACAGGCAGCAGUCUGUGAUAAUAGAUUAACGGUGCCAAGGAGUACUUCAUCUAACCAGUCUGCUUGGCAAGCUAAGGAGGGUGAAUCUGCUCUCAGAAUUAUCAGGAUAAAUCAAAGCAGAAGGCUUAGGCCUGGCUCUACAAAUGAUGCUGAUACUGACCCAUUAUCUCAUACCAAAGAUGGCUCCGGGUUUCAAAUGAGGCAUGCUAGAUCACAUUCUGAUGUUGUAUAUUCCCAGCAAAUGUUUAUGUCCAGCUCAUCUGUGCCCCAGACUACAUCUGAUUCACGCAUUUGGUGUCCUAAGCCUGCCUUGCCUUUCAUACCAGACAAACCUUUAAAUGGUGCAGAACUUGCUCAUGGAAACAAAGAAUACAAGGACACAUUUCCCAACAUCCUGAAGAAAGGAUACUUGAAAGUCCGUCUGGAUUUCAGCAGUUAUUGGAGCAACUGUUACACUGAACUUCUCCCAACUGAGCUUCGUCAGUAUUUCCUUGACAGUAGUGGUAAUGAGAGCCAUUGUGCCACGUACCACCUUUCAGAAUUUCGAACCAUAAGAGGUAUGGGGUGUCAAGAUGCUAGGGUUGUGGAUGUUGUGUUUGUGAACAACUCAACAAUGCAGCUUAAGGCAGCUUCCCAGUGGGAAGCCAGAGAUUGGCAGCAGCAGCUCUGGGGGAGAGUACUAACCUUCCAGCCUGAGUUUGGAAGUUAUCUGGAUCGAAUAUACCCAUCUGAAGGCUGCAACUACAAUAAGGAAUAUAGUUGUGUGUCACAAAAUCAACUGAGCGAACCUACCCAAUCAGCAGUUGCACCCUUGAAUAACAAAUAUUACCAAAAGGCAUUAAUAUCAGGAGUUCUGUAUAAAAACAUAGAAGAAAAUACUUGGAAACCAUUUAUUUUUGUCCUGAAUGAAAAUAAUCUUAUGACAUUUCUGCCAGACAACACAAAUGAAGAGCCACUGGUAUUCUAUAAUAUCAGCUCGUGUCUGUCUGUUGAAAUGGACAUCACAUAUGGGUGCUUUCAGCUGUUAUUUCCUCAAGAUGUUCUUCGAUUGAAAGCAGAAUCUCAAAAACAAGCCCAGGAAUGGGUAGACACUAUAAAUUCUGCUAGGAGUGCUUUAGUGACAUCGGAUCAGAACACUCAGGUUUUUCUCCGAAACCAAAUAAUUCGGGAUCAGCAUGGAAGAGAGCUUCACAAGAGCAAGCGGCGGUCAGUUACCACCAGUUUCCUCAGUAUCUUCAUGGAUGUUGCAGUUGAAAAAGGACUCACUGCACAGGGUUUCAAAUGUGCAGGGUGUCAGCAGCCUGUGGGACUGUCCUAUGGAAAAGCCAAGGUGUGUAGUUACAGUGGUUGGUACUACUGUGACGUAUGCCAUGUGGAUGACACUUUCUUUAUACCCGCACGACUGGUUCAUAACUGGGACACAGCACGGCACAAGGUGUCAAAGCAAGCUAAAGAAUUUUUGGAGUACACCUAUGAAGAGCCAUUAAUAGAUAUUUUACAUGAAAACCCAACUUUGUAUGAUCACAUUGAGGUAUUACAGACUGUGCAUCGACUCAGAAGGCAGCUAAAAUCCCUCCGAGCCUAUCUCUUCAGUUGCCGAGCAGCUGUAGCAGAGGACUUGCGUCGCAGGAUUUCACCUAGAGAGUACCUCUUCCAACAGAUCCACCUGUACUCACUUGCUGAUCUUCAACAGGUCAUUGAAGGCAAACUUGCACCGUAUCUGAUGAAAAUUGUGAAGUUCGCUAGUUCUCACGUCUAUAGUUGUGGUCUUUGUCAUCAGAAAGGCUUCAUCUGUGAGAUCUGCACUAGCAGACAAAUCAUUUAUCCCUUUGAGGACACUGCCACGAAGCGGUGUGAAAUCUGUGGUGCAGUAUUCCACAUGGAGUGCAAAUCGAAGACUGUGCCUUGUCCCCGCUGUGUGCGCAGAGAGCUACAAAAGAAACAAAAAUCUUUCUGGAUGAGGCUGAAUAUAGAUGACACCCUGGAAGACGCAUGUAACAUGUUUGAACUAUCGUACCAAAAUACAUGAGCAGCCUAUUACUUGUGGCUCAGUACAGACCACGUCUCAUGAUGCUUGGCAUAGGUGUUUAGCCACCAGGCAUCAGCAAGGUUGACAGGUUUUGCUGUGGGAUGUGAGCUUCCACAUACUGCAAUUUUCCGUAAUGAUUUACCAAUCCUGAUAAGCUCUGCUCCUGUGCAUAUCAACCUGCUUUUUUUUAGUGUCAAGGACUGUAACUUAAUUAGCUUAUUAGAAAGCAAUGCUGUGUGUCCUAAUGCUGCUGAUUGUCCUUUGUAGUAAGUACAUGGUACAAGGCCUUAGAAAGGAGAUGGCUACUUGCAAUUUGGAUAGCAUUUCUGACUGAUAUGUAAAGCAGUUGUAUAAAAUUACUGUUACUGAUUAUUAUUAGUAGUAGUAUUGCUAAAAGAUGUAGCAGAUAUGUUUUGCACUUCUUGAAAAUUAGAAAUAGUUCUGACUGAAUAACAGAAGGCUAUAUUAGCCUGAUGCUGUGUUAGUCCUGGCUAACUGCAGAUUUUGAGACUCUCUUUUCCCUUUGAACAGAAAUGGUAAUUUAUGUGAACAAUUUAAAUGACUUGAUCAAUUAUAUGCAUCUACUGUAAAAUCCUUACUGCAUAGACACCAGGAAUAAAGAGUCAUUAAAAAGAA